ACGUUUUGUAAUAUUAAUAUUAUGUUGGGUUUUAUAUAUUUAAGUAGGUAUAUUGUAUAAUUACCGCUACCGAAUACAGUUUAUCCUCUAAGCGAGUUGGAAACUUUCAUUGAUUCACUAAAGUGACUUAGAUAAAUCUAUUUAGAAAUUAUAUAUGAACGAGUUAUAAAAUAGAUUGUGGUAAUAGACGUAAAUCAAUUUAGUACACCUCAAGUACACCAAUAGUUAAAUAAUUAAUUAAAUAAUAAUAAGUACAUACUACUAUAACGAAAAUAAUGUCGAUCGUAAGUAAAUUAUACUCGGCACUUAGCAAGCGAUACCGACUAGCACCUGCAAAAAAUAACUACCGAAGUUACUGUCAAAAUAAACAAAAUUUUGACAUUGCUGUUAUUGGAGGAGGUAUAGUGGGCUCUGCAUCUGCAAGGGAACUAGUAAUUAGGCACCCAACAUUGAACAUUGCUCUUAUCGAAAAAGAAAAACGAUUCGCAUUUCAUCAAAGUGGUAAUAACAGUGGAGUAAUACAUGCUGGAAUCUAUUAUAAACCCGGUUCUUUGAAAGCAAAGUUAUGUGUUGAAGGUCUUAAUCUGUCAUAUAAAUAUUUAGAUGAAAAGGACAUUAAGUACUCUAAAUGUGGUAAACUAAUCGUUGCUACGGAAAGGUCUGAAGUUUCCCGACUUUUAGAUUUAUAUGAACGUGGACUUAGAAAUGGAGUGAAAGAUAUCAGAUUAUUAGAUUCAAAAGAAAUCAAGGAAUUAGAACCACAUUGUAGUGGUAUUCAAGCAUUAUGGUCACCUCAUACUGGUAUUGUUGAUUGGGGAGAAGUAACAAACUCUUAUGUUCGUGAUUUUGCUCACUCCGGUGGUACUACAUACUUGAAUUUUGAAGUUAAAAAGUUUAUAGAAUCUGAAAAUCCUGAUUAUCCUGUAACAAUAACUGAUUCCAAAGAAAAUACCAUACAAGCUAAGUAUGUACUUACAUGCUGUGGCUUACAAUCUGAUACUGUGGCAGUGUUAACUGGUUGCCCUGAAGAACCAAAAAUUAUACCCUUUAGAGGUGAAUAUUUAUAUUUAGUUCCACAGAAAAGUCACCUUACCAAAGCAAAUAUAUAUCCUGUUCCGGACUCCAGAUUUCCAUUUUUGGGUGUUCAUGUAACACCAAGAAUUGACGGACGUGUUAUUGUUGGUCCUAAUGCAAUAUUAGCAUUUUGCAAAGAAGGUUAUAAAUGGAGUGAUGUGAACUUUAAAGAACUAAAAGAAAUACUAACAUUUUCUGGUUUCCGCAAAAUGGCCUUUAAAUAUGCUGGUUUUGGACUAAAAGAGAUGACUAGAUCAGUUUUGAUGCCAUUACAAGUAAUGCAAAUCCAAAAAUAUAUUCAAAAUAUAACAACAAGUGAUGUAGAGCGAGGACCUGCUGGAGUAAGAGCUCAAGCUAUGGGUAAAGAUGGUACUCUAAUCGAGGAUUUUGUAUUUGACUCCAAGCCAGGAUCUGGUGCUAUAGGCAGCAGAGUUUUACACUGUAGAAAUGCUCCAUCUCCUGGUGCAACAUCAUCCUUGGCCAUUGCUAAAAUGAUAGCUGAUAAGAUUAAAGAUGAAUUCAAACUAUAAUUAGUUUUUAAUGUGGUUUGUUAAUGUUUUACCACAAACAAAUUACUGUUAUGUUAAACAAAUGUUAAAAUUUGUCAGACUGGCUGCCUGUAAUAUAGAAUUUCACUGUUAUUUAAGUGAUUUUAACAACUUCAAUAAAUUAGACUAUGAUGACUUAAUGAUAAAAUUUCCAUUAAACAAAAUCAAUGUCAGUUUCUAUAAAAUUAUAUUAUAUGUUAGAUUUUUUUUUUAUUUUAUAUAAUUUUAUUAUUUAAUUAUGCUUUUUAUACUGUGAUAAAUAAUUGUUUUUUUAAACAAUUUUAUAUCAUGUUGUUUUAAAAUGUGGUAUGAUUUGUGUUAAAUGGCAAAAUAUACAUAACAUAAAACUUAACUGGACUGGCGGGAUAAUAAAUAUUUUUACUGAGAUUUCUUUUAUAUGUUGGGUAGAAUUUCAUUUUACUAUUAAAAGAUGAUGAUAAAAAAACUAAGUACAAAUACAUUGUAGGAAUAGGAAUUAAUAAGUACAUUUUUAAUUGAAAUGCUAAUAAUAAUUUAUUGACUAUAUAGUUCCUUUUAUCAGUUGAGAUUUAUUAUCAUCAUGAAGGGGUUCUAUUUUAAUAAUAUAUAUAAUAAAAGUUAUAUCAUACAUAUAUAUGUGUAUGCUUCAUCCAUACAAUAAUACUAUAGCGGAAGUUUUAUAAAGGUUUUGCUU